AUGAAUUUUGGUUUUUCAAACCAAAAAAACAUCACAGUACCUGAUAAUUUAUUUAUGAUCAAAAAUCAUUUUGAUGGCGAAUCGAGGUUACAAGAUUAUUUUGAAGAGCAGUUGUCUCUUCUCAAUCCGCAAAUGAAGUUUGUUAAAUUUGAACGUACAAAAAAUAAUCAUUAUUUACGAGGGUACGCGCCAGAUAUAUCAUUUGCACGAAAAGGUCUAAAGGUGAACUCCAAUAAUGUUCUAUUCAUAAUAGAAUUAAAAAAAACUGGCAGAAAUUUUCUAAGUGGUGACCUACUCCAAGUGUGCAACUAUGGAUGUUGUAUAUUGGAUGAGCAAAAAUCAAGAGAUCACGCGACUUUUGCAAUAAGCAAUG